AUGAGAAGAGGAAGACUGUCGUCGAUCACUAAUGAAACCACUUAUGAAAUACCUUCAUGGGAUUCGAAUAAUCAAUUAAGUGAGGAGGUUGUUGAAAAUUUAGAAAAACUGUAUUCAAUACCUCAUUCUAUUUAUAAUAAAAGAGAGAAAUAUAUAAUUGUAUUUCUAGGUGGUAUAACCGGGUUAUGGUCAAGUAUUUCAAGUCCAAUAUACUUACCAGUGUUACCAAAUUUACAAACUUUUUUCAAUGUAACUGAAGAACAAUUGAAUAUUACGGUUGUUGUUUAUUCAAUUUUUCAAGGUUUGGCUCCAAUAAUUUUUUCAAAUAUUUCAGAUAAAUUAGGUAGAAGAUCAAUCAUAAUCACUUGUUUGAUCAUUUAUAUCUUGGCUAAUAUCGGGUUGGCUCUUAAUAAUUCAUUUACUGGUUUAAUCUUAUUAAGAUGCUUACAAGCUUUUGGUAUUUCCUCUACUUUAUCAAUUGCUUCCGGGAUUGCAAGUGAUAUAACUACAAAAGCUGAUAGAGCUUCUUUUAUUGGGUUAUCAACCGGUUUGAGUUUAUUGGGACAAGCUUUUGGUGCGUUAAUUGGUGGGAUGAUUUCAACCCGUUUCACUUGGAGAGGUAUCUUUUAUUUCUUAGCAAUAUCUGCCGGUAUAACAUUAUUGGUUGAUUUAUUUUUACUACCAGAAACUUCAAGAAAUAUAGUUGGUAAUGGUUCAAGUUUACCAAAAAAAUUUAGAUUCAUAACAAUUGCUCCAAUCUUACAUUUGAAACAUUUUACUAAAAGAAGAGUUGAUAAGAAUAAUACAAUUGUUAAAUCUAAAUCGUUUAAUAUGUUGGCUCCUUUACUUAUUUUACGUAAUAAACCAGUUCUAUUAACUUUAAUUCCGGCUUCAAUAAGUUAUUCCCUUUGGUUGAUGAUGUUAACGACUUUAUCUAAUUCUUUAUCUAAAACUUAUGAAUAUUCUCUUUCUCAAAUUGCCUUGGCUUAUAUUCCAAGUGGUAUUGGUGGGUUGACUGGCUCAAUCACAAUUGGUAAAUUGUUAGAUUGGUGUUAUCAAAGAAAUUAUAAAAAUUAUAAAGAAAAAAUUCGGGUUUUCAAAGAAAAUAGUCAAUUAAUGGUUAAUAAUAAUUACCCUAAAUUUAAUAUUUUUAAAGCUAGAUUAUCAAUUGCCAUUUUACCAACGGUUUUAUCGAUUAUUGGCUCGUUUAUUUUCGGCUGGACUAUUCAUUUAAAAGGUCCAGUUGCCUUGGUUUUAGUUGCAAGUUUUUUAAUUAGUUUUGGGGCAAUGAAUUUUUUAACUAUUUCAACUACAGUUUUAAUUGAUUUAUAUCCAAAUCAAUCUUCGGGUUCAAGUUCUUGUGUUAAUUUCACAAGGUGUUGGUGUGCCGCCCUUUUCAUUGCAGUUUUAAGUAAAAUGGUCCAAACUGUGACUAUUGCUGGUUGUUACUCUUUAAUGGCUGGGUUAUGUAGUAUUACUAGCCUUUGUUUGGUUUACUUAAUCAUCAAAUCGGAAAAAUGGAUUUAA